UUGGCCGAUAAUUUUUUAAACUUCUUUGCGAAACUUGAUUUACGAAUCGAUAUUCUCUUCAGUGAAAAUUAUCAUCGAAAAAAGAAAUUUCUACUGUAACUCCUUAUAUGACAAAUAUAAAAGACGAAGCGAGUAUUACAAUAGAACAAAAAUGUUGAACUACUAACUACUAUUAAUGUUCUAAUAGCCAGCGAGCUUCUCAAUUAUCUUACUAUGACCUUCGUCAAAUCGCAUUUGACUGCAAUAAAGAAAAAUGACUGCUAACAAAGAAAAAUUUCAAAAAUUGCAAAAGUUUAUCAUGAAAUUACAAGAAAGCUGACUGAUUUUCCGCGAAGUGGAAGAAGCGGAAGAAUUGUUAGUGCUUUGUCAGGACGCUUGCAAUCAAGAGGUCAUCCUUGCACCAACACCGCCGUCCUUCCUUCGAUAUGCAACGGAGAAUCUGAUACGCGUGAAACCGCAAGCGACUCACGUGCUCUAAAGACCCGAAGAUUGAAUCGCAAAAGGAUCGAGCCACAAAGAUGGCAGCAUCCGAAUGCGUAGAAAACGGAAAGAGGAAUGAUGACAAGAUGCCGGUCGAAGUGGCGUACAUUUCCAAACUUCGGCAAGCAGUACCACAAUGUUGUGCAGUCGGUGCCAAAAAUUUACUCCUGCUUACCUUUGGUUCAACUUUAGGUUUCUCGACUAUCCUCAUCCCAGCGUUAAAGAUGGAAGACACAGACAUCAAGGUUACUACGGAAGAAUUAACAUGGAUUAGCAGUUUAAAUUUAUUUCUCGUGCCGAUCGGUUGUCUCGUGAGCGGACCGCUGUCGCAGUAUUUGGGCAGAAAGCGAACGAUGAUGUAUACGAAUAUCCCGUUUGUGAUUGCCUGGCUGAUAUUUUAUUAUUCGAGCAAUUCUACGAUGUUGUUUACCGCGCUUGCAAUGACAGGUCUGACAGGUGGUUUCUUGGAGGCACCGGUCCUGACCUAUGUCGCCGAAGUGACUCAGCCUAACUUGCGCGGAAUGCUGUCAGCGACUUCUUCGAUGUCAGUCAUUCUGGGUAUUUUCACGCAAAUGUUGAGCGGUAGCCUAGCCCAUUGGAGAACGGUGGCGAUGAUCAAUUUGAUUUAUCCGAUUAUCUGUUUCUUCGCUUUGUGCUUGGUGCCUGAAAGCCCACACUGGCUCGCAGCCAAGGGUCGUUUCGCGGAAUCGGAAAGCGCUCUCUGCUGGUUACGGGGUUGGACAAAUCCGCCGCAGGUACAAAAUGAGUUUCAGAUGAUCUGCGAGACGGUUCAGAAGCCUGCCGACAAUACCGAUUCCGACAAGAAGGAGAUCUGGCGAUCCUAUACCAAACGCACAUUCUACAUGCCCUUCAUCCUAAUAAGCAUAUCUUUUUUCGUCAGUUCCUUCGGUGGUGGCGCGACCCUGCAGACCUUUGCCGUCGUGAUAUUCGAAAAACUCAAAGCACCGAUCGACAAUUACACGGCCACGGUGUUUAUGGGCGUCGCUCAGUUGGUCGCCACCAUGAUCUGCGUGCUGGUGAUCCAUUUCUUGGGAAAACGCAAGCUAGUCUUCAUAUCGGUCAGCGCUAGCGGUCUGUGCCUCCUCGCUACCGCCGUCUACGGUUUUUUGAGUGACGCCGAUUAUCUGGAUGGGGUCAGAUACACCUGGUUGCCGACUACUCUCAUGAUUGGCACCGCUUUCGCGACGAAUUUUGGAAUCAGAUUGUUGCCUUGGAUUCUGAUAGGCGAAGUGUUCCCGGUCGAGGUACGUAGCACCGCAACUGGCGCUUCAGGUAUGGUCGGCUACAUUUUAUUAUCGAUCGCGAAUAAAACUUUCCUCUACAUGAUGAACGGCAUAUCGCUCUCUGGAACGUUUAUUUUCAACGCUUGCAUCAACUUGGCCGGCCUGUGCUUUCUGUACUGGAUGCUACCCGAGACCGAGGGCAGAACCUUAAGAGAAGUCGAGGAACAUUUCGCCGGUAUACAGAAUUUAAAGGAUCGACCUAGAAAAGAGCAACACGUCACCAAGGAGAAAUGGGCGGCCGCGAAUCCAGCGAUCGUACACGACGAAAAUAUCGAGAGUAGAUUGUAGAUUCGCAGAUCAAAUUGAUUAUUGAUCUGGUCAUUCGAAAUAUAUCUUGCGUUUCGCGAAAAUUAUCGAAACUAUUUUGUUUAAUAUAUAAUGUUACGCAAAUAUACGUAAUUGUAUAUCUUACGUAAACGUAUAUCUUUUUUAAACGGAUUCUUAUAUAAUCUUGAAUGAUAUUUGAAUUCAAUCAACUAAUAGUAAUGUAUAUAUUUAAAUGCAUGUAUAAUUUAUUUUUUACUACGUUUAACGCGAAAGCGAAUAAUCGCAUAAAAAAGUUCAUUAUCAUUUCAGUAAUUUAAUGCAAUAUAAAAAAAUAAAUGCAUAUGAAGAUUGAUCGAUUGAAGCGAUAUAGCAAAAACAAGAAAAUAUAAACGAUUAAAUUAUAAUAAUUUCGCUAAAGACAUUUCUAGGAAGAGUUAAAGUGAUGUGUUAUUGUAUAUAUGUCUUAUUUAUUUCGUAAAAGGAAUUACAGUUGUAUAAAGCAUUCCUAACAUCGUUCUACUAGUAUCUAAUAAAUAUAGUGAAUGUCCGAAAAGAUGUAUUACCGCUUAUAGAAGCUUUUUUUUAUUUC